UGAACUCCCCUCUCUUUCCCCCACCCCCAACCUCUAUCAUACCCGUCACAAUGGCUGCUCGCAGCGCCGCUCUCAAGAUCGACUGGGCCCAGGUGUCGACCUCCCUCGGCCUCCGCGGCCAGACCGCCGUCUCCCUCCAAGCUUUCAAGAAGCGCAACGACGAGGCUCGCCGCAAGGUUCAGGUCCUGUCCGAGCAGCCCCAGACCGUUGACUUCAGCCACUACCGCGGCAUCCUGAAGAACAAGGCCAUCGUUGACGAGCUCGAGAACCACUUCAAGACCUUCAAGCCCGCUACCUACGAUGUCAACCGCCAGCUGAAGGCCAUUGACGCCUUCGAGUCCCAGGCUGUUCAGAACGCCGAGGCUACCAAGGGUAAGGUUGAGGCCGAGCUGCAAAACUUGCAGAAGACCCUGCAGAACAUCGAGACUGCCCGUCCCUUCGAGGACCUCACUGUCGACGAGGUUGCCGCCGCCCAGCCCGAGAUCGACGAGAAGACCGCUUCCCUCGUCUCCAAGGGCAAGUGGAUGCCCCCUGGCUACAAGGAGCGCUUCGGCGAUCUGUCCGCCGUUUAAGCGUGGACUCUUGUGGCCUCAAAUCCGCAU